AUGACAGAAGCCGAGACCUCCGAACAUUCCCUCAAUCCGUCCGACGCCCCCACCAGAUACACGGAUGAGGACUCUACGCUAAAACCGGAUCCAGACACCAUCAAAAUGUUCGUCGGGCAGAUUCCCCGUCAUUGGGUGGAGAAGGACUGUCUGGAGCUGUUCACCGAGUUCGGCAAGGUCUACGAGCUCAACGUGCUCCGGGAUAAGGCCUCGCAACAAAGCCGGGGCUGUUGUUUCGUUACGUUUUAUAAGCGGCAAGACGCAAUUAAUGCCCAGAAUGCAUUGCACAAUAUAAGGAUAUUGCCGCAAAUGAAUCAUCCCGUCCAAAUGAAGCCGGCGGAUGUGGAGAAUCGAAAUGGUAAGAACCGUAAAAAUUUUAUACUGCGGAGAUUAAUAGCAGGCGCAAAUAACAUUUUAGACCCCAAAAAUCGCAAGUUUUUAUACAACGAAACUUUUUCAGAACGAAAACUCUUCAUUGGAAUGCUCUCAAAGACGAUGACAGAAGACGAAGUCCGUGAAAUGUUCAAGGAAUUCGGCCAGAUCGAAGAAUGCACAGUGCUACGCGAAGACGGGAAGAGUCGAGGUAAGCGAAAAACUCCCUCAGUUCACGUUCCGUACGCGUCUAUACAUGUACAAACACUGUUGUAGCAUUCCUUUUUUAUGCUUUUUUCCGUUCGAUUUUCGUAUGUAGUCCCUUUUCGUACUCCUGCUUAAAAACGACCGGUCCGGGAUUAGUUCAAUGUGCUCCUUGAGCAUCUAGUCUAAUAAUUAAGGUUAGUCUGAUGGUAUGGAUGUUGUUUAACAUUACCACAAACCGCUAAAUUCAAUUGGCUGAUUUCCGCACUUUGCCUGCAUUCGUACUCAUUUUUUAGGGGGGAUUUUUCAGGCCCGACGCAAACAUUUGCACGAAUUCAGAUUAAACUUUUGUAAGACAACCUCUACUACAGUGACGGACCUGAUCCAGUGGCAGAAAACGUACCAUUUUGCAUCUGGGAAGCAUCAAAAAUGUGGCAAAAUGCUUCCCUCUACAAGUGAAAAAACUUCGUUUUGAAGGGCCCUUUUCCUCACAAAAAGCGCGGGCGCGCACUCUUGAAAAUCGAAGUUUUUUCACUUGGAGAGGAAAGCGUUUUGCCACAUUUUUUGAUACUUCCCGGAUGCAAAAUGGUACGUUUUCUGCCACUGGAUCAGGUCCCCCACUGUAUUGGCCUGAACUAAAUACUUUCAUGUCUCUACUCUUCCCUCCCAUUUCGUUUGAAUUUGCCCGUUUUACUGAAAACCGUUUAUCUGUUUUUUUAGGAUGUGCUUUUGUGACGUUUGUGAGUCGUUCUUUUGCCCAUCAGGCGAUCAAAGCUAUGCACCAGUCGAUGACAUGCGAGGUUCGUCAAUGUGUUUGGAUUAUAUUCUUAUGUUUCGAUUAACCUGGCCCUCGCUUCCAGUUUACUUUUACUAACCAUGUUUUGGGGAUCAUUUACCAGCCUUGCUGGCAACUAAAACUUGACAAAAAGUGCUCCAAAUGUAAUGGCAAGGUUUGUACAGCUUUAACAGAACUUGGCCAUCACAUUUGGAGAGGAUUUUUUUUUUGUUUCAACACUUCCAAAGUAGAAAAAUAUAUGUAAACUUCGGAUGUUUUCCUUAGGCUUUACGUUGUUUUCCUCUAAACCCCCUAAAACAGUAAUUGCUUUUUAGUUAUACACCUGUUUUCAUAAAGAUCUUUAUUCGGUUAUAGGGAUGCAACAAGCCGAUCGUAGUGAAAUUCGCGGAUACGCAAAGAGACAAGGAGAACAAAACCAAACAGCCAAGUUCAACCUCGCCGCCUGCGGUGGCUGAUCAGAACGCGCUGUUAGCUCAGGUAAUCAACGAUCUAAAGCUUUUCAACAACGAAAAUCAUCAAACGAACCGAAAUAUUUUUCCGUUUUCAGCUUCUAAAAUCGUCACAGAAUGGGCAAAACAACAAUAUAGCCACACAAUUGAUGGGAAUUAACACUCUCCUUCAACAGCCUGGGAUCUUGAAUCUUAUUGGAACAGGUAAUAAAUUUACCAUAGAACCAGCGGCAUUACUUUAUACAUAAAUCAGGAUUUAAAAAUUUUAAGUCAUCUCGAGCUUGGCCAAUGUCCAAACCCCCGCGACAUCCGAAGGGCCCUCGAGCUCCCAAACACAGCCCUCUAAAAGUUCAGAAGGUAUUUACAGUGUAGUUGCGAGUCAUUACAGAACCUUGCAAUGCAGUUGACUAACAUUUUAAUCAAUCGUUUGAAAUUUUAACCUACUACAAAAUGAAGUGACCCCUUACGACUCUGCGAAUUAUAAUAAUACUCGCUUUUCCAUCUAACCCGCCAAUUUCAGCUCCAGCCGCUCAACUUCAACUCAACGCCAUGAUUCAACAACAGAAAGUCCUCGAACUUCUCAGACAGAAUCAACAAACCAAGGAGCAGAAUCUGAAUUUGCAACAAGUCUUGAUGUCUCAAACACAACAACAGUAUGCCCAGUUACCUUCUAUUAGUCCCCAACCAGGAAUCUUCAACGGGUCAAGUAAGUUUUCAGUGUUUUCGCAUAUCCCUUAUUGUCAUGUAUUAUUUAACAAAUGACCUCUAUUUGGUAAAAAUAUUGCAACCUUAAACGCUAAUAAAUUUCAGCGUCAAGUUCCACUUCUCCCCAACCUCAGUACCAACCGUCAAGUUACGAUGAAGCGGCAUUGUUGCUGCAACAACAAAAGAUCAACGCCUACCAACAGCUCAGUUACAAUACAACGGCUGCCAUUAAUCCAAUGACCGCCGUUCCCGCCGCCGUCAGCUCCCCUCUUGCCGCAACAGCCAUGACCGCCUCCAUUCAGCCUCAAUUGAACUUAAUCGCGCAACAACAACAAGCCCAGAAGGCGUUAAUCGCCGCCGCCGGAGCUGUCAAUAACGGACAAAGCAAAGGGCCGGAUGGAGCGAAUUUGUUCAUCUACCAUUUGCCUCAAGAUUUUACGGAUGCGAAUCUGUAUCAACUGUUCCACCACUUCGGGACGAUCAUCUCCGCCAAAGUUUUCAUUGACAAACAAACGAAUUUGAGCAAAUGUUUCGGUAAGUCGAAACACACAAGUUGGAAUCCGUUUUCAAACGUGAAUCAGAGUAAUUCAAACCCAAAAGAUCAACAAAAAUAAAUCUGUGAUAUCUAACCAUCUGUUUUCAGGCUUUAUAAGCUACGACAACGCCCUCUCCGCCCAGAAUGCCAUCUCCGCCAUGAAUGGAUUCCAGAUCAAUCAGAAGCGCCUAAAAGUCCAACUGAAACGCAGUAAAGGAGGCCAACCUUAUCCCACACAGAGCGGCGGUCAGCUCACCUCCACCUCCUAAGCCAUAAAUGGGUUCAGUAUUCCGAGAAUUACAAACAACGCCUUUCUAGUCAUUACGAUCACGUAGAACAAUAUUAGAUCUGAUUGUAUUUUUUCUCUAAUAAAAUUUUAUGUUUGUUGAUGUACAAUAAGGGGUAAAACAAUAACGAAGAGCGAAUUUUCGAGAAGUAAAACAUUCGAACACACUAAAAUUUCACUCCCCGCAUAUAUAGGUAUCAAUAGCAAAAAAAAACUCUGUUGCAGUGUCAAACAUCCAUUUUGCAAAGCACGAACUCAUUGCGAAGCUUGGUAAACUCAAAACGCAACAAGAUUUCGUCGACUCCAGAAAAUUCAUAAGGAAUUACACAUUUUCUGAACGAAAUUUCUUAACAAUGACACAUUUUUUAGACAAAUUUUCUUUCGUUGCAAAAAUCUGUCUUCCACGUUUUUUAGGGCGAGGUUGAGUACUAAUUGGCGUCGAAUUACAGUGUUCUGAUAGAAAGUUGAGUUUGUUGUUAGUUUCAUGCAACAUUUUCAUCAGUUUUUUAUUUUUGUAUCGCGUUUCAAAUUUUAGCUUGAACGUUAUUUAGGUAACUCGACUAACUAAAAUCGUCCUUCAACAGCCUGGGAUCUUGAAUCUUAUUGGAACAGGUAAUAAAUUUACCAUAGAACCAGCGGCAUUACUUUAUACAUAAAUCAGGAUUUAAAAAUUUUAAGUCAUCUCGAGCUUGGCCAAUGUCCAAACCCCCGCGACAUCCGAAGGGCCCUCGAGCUCCCAAACACAGCCCUCUAAAAGUUCAGAAGGUAUUUACAGUGUAGUUGCGAGUCAUUACAGAACCUUGCAAUGCAGUUGACUAACAUUUUAAUCAAUCGUUUGAAAUUUUAACCUACUACAAAAUGAAGUGACCCCUUACGACUCUGCGAAUUAUAAUAAUACUCGCUUUUCCAUCUAACCCGCCAAUUUCAGCUCCAGCCGCUCAACUUCAACUCAACGCCAUGAUUCAACAACAGAAAGUCCUCGAACUUCUCAGACAGAAUCAACAAACCAAGGAGCAGAAUCUGAAUUUGCAACAAGUCUUGAUGUCUCAAACACAACAACAGUAUGCCCAGUUACCUUCUAUUAGUCCCCAACCAGGAAUCUUCAACGGGUCAAGUAAGUUUUCAGUGUUUUCGCAUAUCCCUUAUUGUCAUGUAUUAUUUAACAAAUGACCUCUAUUUGGUAAAAAUAUUGCAACCUUAAACGCUAAUAAAUUUCAGCGUCAAGUUCCACUUCUCCCCAACCUCAGUACCAACCGUCAAGUUACGAUGAAGCGGCAUUGUUGCUGCAACAACAAAAGAUCAACGCCUACCAACAGCUCAGUUACAAUACAACGGCUGCCAUUAAUCCAAUGACCGCCGUUCCCGCCGCCGUCAGCUCCCCUCUUGCCGCAACAGCCAUGACCGCCUCCAUUCAGCCUCAAUUGAACUUAAUCGCGCAACAACAACAAGCCCAGAAGGCGUUAAUCGCCGCCGCCGGAGCUGUCAAUAACGGACAAAGCAAAGGGCCGGAUGGAGCGAAUUUGUUCAUCUACCAUUUGCCUCAAGAUUUUACGGAUGCGAAUCUGUAUCAACUGUUCCACCACUUCGGGACGAUCAUCUCCGCCAAAGUUUUCAUUGACAAACAAACGAAUUUGAGCAAAUGUUUCGGUAAGUCGAAACACACAAGUUGGAAUCCGUUUUCAAACGUGAAUCAGAGUAAUUCAAACCCAAAAGAUCAACAAAAAUAAAUCUGUGAUAUCUAACCAUCUGUUUUCAGGCUUUAUAAGCUACGACAACGCCCUCUCCGCCCAGAAUGCCAUCUCCGCCAUGAAUGGAUUCCAGAUCAAUCAGAAGCGCCUAAAAGUCCAACUGAAACGCAGUAAAGGAGGCCAACCUUAUCCCACACAGAGCGGCGGUCAGCUCACCUCCACCUCCUAA